CGUUUCAUACAAAAGGCAGCAAUCUACCGAAAACUACAAACAGAACGGCCGAACAAUUUGCCCCAGCAGUCCAAAAACCAACCCCCACAUUACCGUCACUAUAAAGCGUAAUAUUCUGUAAUGAUCCGUGUCCUGCAAACCGCCAUGGCUGGCGCGCUCAAUUUAUCUCCAUCUUAUUCGUCAUUCAAAAACCCUAGCUUAGUAUCCAUUUCCAAUCCUAAACUCUUCAAUGGAGUAUUUUUCAAAACCCGCCUCUGUUUCUCCACUCGUAUCUCCAAUGCCUCCAUUCGCUGCUUCACGUCCAAUGCCGUUGACAAAGUCCGAGUUCAAAACCCUAUUGUGGAAAUGGACGGUGAUGAAAUGACGCGAGUCAUCUGGAAAAUGAUCAAAGACAAGUUGAUACUUCCACACCUGGAAUUGGAUGUAAAGUAUUUUGAUUUGGGGAUUUUGAACCGCGAUGCCACUGAUGAUAAAGUUACCGUUGAAAGUGCUGAAGCCUCUCUUAAGUACAAUGUAGCCAUAAAAUGUGCUACAAUUACUCCAGAUGAGACUAGAGUCAAGGAAUAUGGCCUAAAAGCUAUGUGGAGAAGUCCCAAUGGCACAAUCAGAAACAUAUUGAAUGGAACUGUUUUUCGUGAGCCAAUCUUGUGCAACAAUAUUCCCAGAACUGUUCCGGGCUGGAAUAAACCCAUUUGUAUUGGCAGACAUGCCUUUGGUGAUCAAUACCGUGCCACCGAUACAAUCAUAAAAGGACCUGGAAAACUUAAAAUGGUUUUUGUGCCAGAAAAUGAGGAAGGACCCAUGGAACUAGAUGUCUAUGAAUUUAAAGGUCCUGGUGUUGCCCUUGCCAUGUAUAAUGUUGAUCAGUCUAUUCGAGCAUUUGCAGAAUCAUCAAUGGCAAUGGCAUUUGCAAAAAAAUGGCCUCUAUACUUGAGCACUAAGAACACAAUUCUUAAGAAGUACGAUGGCAGGUUCAAGGAUAUAUUUCAGCAGGUAUAUGAAGAGAAGUGGAGGGAACAAUUUGAAGAACAUUCAAUAUGGUAUGAGCAUCGCUUGAUCGAUGACAUGGUGGCUUAUGCCAUGAAGAGUGGUGGUGGAUACGUUUGGGCCUGUAAGAACUACGAUGGAGAUGUCCAAAGUGAUUUACUUGCACAAGGAUUUGGUUCUCUAGGCCUGAUGACUUCUGUUUUGUUGUCGGGUGAUGGCAAAACAUUAGAAGCCGAGGCAGCUCAUGGCACUGUAACUCGCCAUUAUCGAUUGUAUCAAAAGGGACAAGAAACGAGUACAAACAGCAUUGCUUCUAUAUUUGCAUGGACAAGAGGAUUAGAACACAGGGCAAAACUUGAUGGAAAUGAAAAGUUGUUAGAUUUUUCUCACAAGCUAGAAGCUGCGUGCAUUGAGACAGUAGAAUCUGGAAAGAUGACCAAGGAUCUUGCGAUUUUGAUUCACGGACCCAAGGUUUCAAGGGAGUUUUACUUGAAUACAGAAGAGUUCAUUGAUGCUGUUGCACAUAAUCUCGAGUCAAAGCUUCAAUCAACAUCACUUGUUUAAUGUGAAGAUCUCCAGUUAUUUGUUCAAGUUAGUAACUUGGGAGUAGACAAUAAAUUCUGAACCUUGCUAAAUUAUUGCGAAUCAAUUCUGUAUUUCAUCAGUUAAUCACAACUGGUGCGGGAAUAUGACAGUAAAAAUGAUGGAAGUUACAUCACAUUGUACUGCAAGUUAUUUUUAGAAGGUAAACCAACCUUUUUUUCCGUACUAAUGAUCAUCUAUGGAUUUUGUUUUUCGUUUUUUUAA